AUGGCGUGCAAAGGAGCUGUUGAGAAGUGCCCCACGAAUGAUGCCCUUCCUGUACCGCAUGAGUGGUAUCAGCCGGGUGACUUCCUCAUUGGAGGGGUUACUUCUCAAGUCCUUUAUAUGUCCCACAAACCUUCCUUUGAGGAACACCCUUCUCAGAAGCUGUUUGAUAUCCCUGUUAUGGUGACCAAGUUCUACCAGCACAUGCUGUCCUUGGCAUUUGCCAUAAAUGAGAUCAAUGAGAAUCCCAUGAUCUUGCCCAACAUCACACUUGGGUUCCAUGUUUGUGACAGCUACUAUGAUGCAAAGAUGACCUAUCGGACCACUCUGGAGCUGCUCUUCAAAUUACACAGAUUUGUCCCCAACUACAAAUGCGACAAAGCGAAAAACCUUGUAGCCAUCAUUGGGGGACUAGGCUCUGAUAUCUCCUUCCUCAUGGCAGAUAUCUUAGGCCUUUACAAGAUCCCACAGGUGGUGCCGGUUUCUUUGUGUAGUGUCUCCUGUCAUCUUGGUUUUCAGAAACAAAAGAGAGAAGGGAAGAAAUUUUGCUGCUAUGAUUGUAUUCCAUGCCCUGAAGGGAAGAUUUCAAACAAGAAGGAUGUGGAUGACUGUAUCAAGUGUCCAGAGGAUCAGUACCCAAGCAAAGACCAAAACCAAUGCAUCCCCAAGACAAUCAGCUUCCUCACUUAUGAAGAACCUCUAGGGAUCUGUCUAGCCUCACUUGCUGUUUCUUUUUCCCUGAUCACAGCCAUAGUGCUACGAACUUUCAUUAAGCACAAAGAUACCCCCAUCGUCAAAGCAAACAACCGUGAUAUUACUUCUUCUCUCCUGAUCUCCCUCCUGCUCUGCUUCCUCUGUUCCUUGCUGUUUAUUGGACGGCCUAGGAAAGUGUCUUGCCUCCUCCGACAAUCUGGUUUUGGCAUCAUCUUCUCAGUGGCUGUUUCUUGUGUGUUGGCCAAAACUAUCACUGUGGUUGUAGCUUUCAUGGCCACCAAACCAGGGUCCAGCAUGAGGAAGUGGGUGGGGAGAAGACUGGCCAACUCCAUUAUUUUUUCCUCCUCGCUUAUUCAAAUAAGUAUUUGUGUGGUGUGGAUUGGAACUUCUCCCCCUUUCCCAGAUGCUGACAGACAAUCAUUGAUGAAAAAUAUCAUACUAGAAUGUAAUGAAGGGUCUGUUAUUAUGUUCUAUACUGUUCUAGGCUAUAUGGGACUUCUGUCAACCAUAAGCUUGACUAUGGCUUUCCUUGCCAGGAAACUACCAGACAGCUUUAAUGAGGCCAAGUUCAUCACCUUCAGUAUGUUUAUAUUUUGUAGUGUUUGGGUAUCUUUUGUUCCAACCUACCUGAGCACCAACGGGAAGUACAUGGUAGCUGUGGAGAUCUUCUCUAUCUUGACCUCCAGUCUCGGGUUACUAGCUUGUAUCUUUUUUCCUAAAUGUUACAUUAUUCUUCUGAGACCUUCCUUUGAGGAGCACCCUUCUCAGAAGCUGUUUGACAUCCCUAUUGUGGUGACCAAGUUCUACCAGCACAUGCUGUCCUUGGCAUUUGCCAUAGAUGAGAUCAAUGAGAAUCCCAUGAUCUUGCCCAACAUCACACUUGGGUUCCAUGUCUGUGACAGCUACUAUGAUGGAAAGAUGACCUAUCGGACCACUCUGGAACUGCUCUCCAAAUUACACAGAUUUGUCCCCAACUACAAAUGUGACAUUGAGAAGAACCUCAUAACCAUCAUUGGGGGACUAGGCUCUGAUAUCUCCUUCCUCAUGGCAGAUAUUUUAGUCCUUUACAAGAUUCCACAGUCGCUGCACCAUGUUGUAUCAAGUGUAAGGUUGAUGGACUGCUACCAAGAUGGGAAAGGUAGCAAAGAUCCAUUCUUCAACAACAUUCUGCCCAUUAUUCACUGA